UGCAUAAAAUUCAUAUGUCCUCUGUUUUAUUUAGGUACUCAGCAUAUUCUGUUUUCGCGAUUACCAUUCUUCCCCCUCCUUCAAACAAUAAUUUUCUUUUUUUCCUCCGACAAGUUCUUUGUUAAUCGAACGCUCCUGUCAUGGAGGAAAUUAACGUGUUGGAAGCUAAGGAUGGGACUGUCUCAGUAGCUUCUGCAUUUGUUGGUCACCAAGAAGUUGUGCAGGAUACAGACCACAAAUUUGUAACGAAAGCUGUUGAAGAAGCAUAUAAUGGGGUAGAUUGUAAAGAUGGAGGCCCAUUUGGUGCUGUUAUAGUUCGUAUGGGUGAAAUAAUUGCUAGUAGCCACAACAUGGUUCUGAGAAACACAGACCCAACUGCUCAUGCUGAGGUGACAGCAAUAAGAGAGGCAUGUAAGAAGCUUAACCAAAUAGAACUUUCAGACUGUGAAAUAUUUACUUCCUGUGAGCCUUGCCCCAUGUGCUUCGGUGCAAUCCACCUCGCUCGCAUUAAGAGAUUAGUUUAUGGUGCAAAGGCUGAGGCAGCAAUUGCUAUCGGGUUUGAUGAUUUUAUUGCAGAUGCACUGCGAGGUACUGGAUUCUAUCAGAAAGCAACACUGGAAAUCAAAAGAGCUGAUGGUAAUGAGGCCGUGAUUGCUGAAGAGGUCUUUGAGAAAACAAAGACAAAAUUCCAAAUGUAUUAGAUCUCUCAUUUUUCAUUUAAAUUAUUGAGACUGGAUUGAACUCAUUUGAAUACAAAUGCUACAAUUUGAACGGCAUUAGAUAAUGACUAUAUUAUUGUCAAAGAAUUUUAUCUUAACACCAUGGUAUUAUCUAAUAAUACAUCCCUUAUUUAUCAUGUUA